UAAUUAGGCUCAGAGCCAUUAGAAUUUAUUGCCGAGGAGGACCAUCAGCGGAGGGUACCGCCGCCGAACUCAUGACGGCGGAGUUAACAAAACAGCUUCAAGGAGGUGGAAGUGGAUUUUAAAUUAUGGAAAUGGCAAGCGUGUUAUUAUUGGGAAAAGCAAGGGAAAUGGCCACCAUGUCCUCUGCAUUUGCAGCCUCUCCCUCUCUCUGUUCCUUUCCUUCAACUCUCACUCUCAGCCAUAGUCAUAGACAUAGGCGCGUUUUUUACAUUAAGCCUCUCUAUUGCGCUCCUAUUCACCAACAGUUUGAUGAUGCAGAUGUAGAUGCAACUAUCAUGUGUGAACCUUGCAAUGGAAAAGGAUGGUUACUCUGUGACUUUUGUAAAGGCCAAAAGACAAAUGUCAAAGCUGAAAACAAACGUCUCUACCGUCGAUGUCCCACUUGCAGAGCCGUUGGAUAUGUCUUGUGUUCAAGGUGUAAGGUUUUCAAAUGUGUCACUUUUCCAAAUUUCAAUGACAGUGAGAGUUGACCAACUUUCUUUUUGAGCCUCUCAGCACUCCUACAAUGCCAAUGCCAAUAUGGUUGUGCAAGUCACCAAGAAAGGUGCAUUCAGCAAUGUGCUUAUGCAGGUUUUUCUUUUGUUGCCCCUGCUUCUUUUUGUCUCCUACAUGUACAAUUUUUAGUUCUUUGUGAAGCUUACUUUGAGAGGAAUCAAUUCUAUUUACUUGUCAAAUUAAAAUUUGAAGAAAGAGAUGGUUCUCUGAUUCUUUGUGUCUCCCUUUUUUGUAUUUCUUAUGGAUGUAACUGAUGUGAUUAAAAAAAUUGUAAAUUUUUAUGCUUGUCA